CCAACGCUUCUCUUCUCUCAAAGAAAAAAUAGAAACCUCUGCCGACACCCUCGCCGCGUCGGACCGGAACGCCGCCGUCGGUGACUGAGGCGUGCGCCCCUCAGUUCAGGAAUUGGGCCUCCCACAUGGAUCCCCCCCCUCCUCCUCCUCCUCUGCAGCCGCCGCCGCCGCCGCACCCUCGCAAUCCUCGCGGUGAGGGUCACGGCGGCGGGGAGAUGCCGUACCAGGACGCGGACCACCGGCUCCGCGCGCUCGCCGGCCGCGCCGAGGGCUUCGGCCGCCACGCCAUCGGCGGCCUCCACGGGGCCGUCUACCACGUCACGUCCCUCGAAGACGACGGCCGCGGGAGCCUGAGGGAGGCGUGCCGCGCGGCGGAGCCCCUGUGGAUCGUCUUCGAGGUGUCCGGCACCAUCCACCUCCAGUCCUACCUCCGCGUCUCCUCCCACAAGACCAUCGACGGCCGCGGCCAGCGCGUGGUGCUCACCGGCAAGGGGCUCCAGCUCAAGAGCUGCCACCACGUCAUCGUCUGCAACCUGAUAUUCGAGGGAGGCCGAGGGCACGACGUGGACGGCGUCCAGAUCAAGCCGGGAUCCACCAACAUCUGGAUCGACCGAUGCACCCUCGCCGACUACGACGACGGGCUCAUCGACAUCACGCGGCAGAGCACAGACAUCACGGUCUCAAGGUGCCACUUUGCCCGGCACGACAAGACGAUGCUCAUCGGCGCUGACCCCACGCACAUUGGCGACCGCUGCAUCAGGGUAACCAUCCACCACUGCUUCUUCGACGGCACGCGGCAGAGGCACCCGCGCCUCCGCUUCGGCAAGGUCCACCUCUACAACAACUACACACGCAGCUGGGGCAUCUACGCCGUCUGCGCGAGCGUGGAGGCUCAGGUAGUGUCCCAGUGCAACAUCUACGAGGCAGGCGGAGGCCCCCCAAAGAAGACCACGGUGUUCAAGUACAUGCCGGAGAAGGCCGGCGACCGAGAGGAUGUGGUGGCCGGGUCGAUCAGGUCGGAAGGGGACGCUUUCCUCAAUGGGGCGCUGCCCUGCCUGGUCGAUGGCCCUGGAGCACACGAAGCUGUCUUCAGACCAGAGGAUUACUACCGGCAUUGGACCAUGGAGCCAGCGUCGCCGGCGCUCAAGGACAUCAUACAACUCUGUGCCGGAUGGCAGCCGGUGCCAAGGCCUCCUGACGAUUGCUAGACUUCAUUGUUCUGUUUUUUCCAUCACGGAUUGCUUCUGGCAAGAAAGUAUUCAGUUAUCAGUAUUGCUCUGCAUUUGUAUGUAUGCCAUCCCUAGGAAAAUUUAACUUUUUGUCGCUUGUGUCUUCUUCCUCUCACCUCUCCUCUUCCUUCACCUCUGGCCCUCACUUAUGGAUUUCCUAUGUGUAUGUUCAUUUAUAGUACAAUUAUCACAGAAAUUUCUCUCAUCUGUUGCAUGUCAA